AUGGGGACUGUGGAGGAAUCUUUAAAGUGUCCCGUCUGCCAGGACUUCUUCACCGACCCCGUGACGCUGCCGUGUGGACAUGACUUCUGUCUCAGCUGCAUCCAGGCUGUGUGGGAGACCGACGGGCAGAGUGAGGGGCCUCUCUUCUGUCCAGAGUGUCAGAUCCUCCUCUCCUCUGAGCUCACUCUGCAGGUGAACUCCAGCCUGCAGACCAAAGUGAAGGACUUCACAGCAAAGACCACACUGCUCCUCAAAUCCUCCUCGACCAUCCACUGUGACCACUGCAUAGAGAGCCCGUCUGUGGCCAUCAGGACCUGUCUCACCUGUGACGCCUCCCUGUGUCAGGCCCACGCCCUGCAGCACCAGCAGAGGUCUGCUCUGAGGGAGCACACGGUGGUGGAGGUGACGGGGGACCCUCUGUCUCUGAAGUGCAGGGAGCACAGAGACGAGCUCAAGCUCUUCUGCACAGAGGAGAGGGUCCCCGUGUGCUGUCUGUGCGUGCUGGUCGGCACGCACAAGAGCCACAAAGCUCUACAGCUGCAUGAGGCCUGUGCAGACUUCAAGAGCAUGUUAGAGAGCAACAUGACCCAGCUGCUGAAGAGGAGAGGUGAAGCAGAGCAUGCCAUCAAAGACCUGGAGUCCCUGUACACAGAAACAGUGAAGUCUGCUGCAGAUUUCAGAGAGAGAGUCUCGGACAAAUACAGCCGGAUCCGUGUGGUCCUGGACGGAGACGAGCGUCUGAUGAUGCAGAUCUUAGACGCAGAGGAGACUCACAUGACGGAGUGGCUGGAGGCUCAGAGGGGAACGAUGGAGGCUCAGAUUAAAGAGAUCGAUCGCCUCAGAGCCUCCAGCAAAUCACUCCUGCAGGAAACCAACGACCUCAGAUUCCUACAGCAAAUCACAGCAAAGAAUCUUUGUGACCCUUUGGAUUUAACACCAAUCCAGGAAGUAGACCAAGCCCUGUGUGACCCUGAGAAGAUGAGAACUGUAGAGAAGCUGGUGGACGACCUCUCUGUGGCUCUGUCCCAACACUUUCCUCGAACGUGGUCCUAUCUAAGUUCUCCUUCUCUGGACUGCAGCACAGCUCAUCCCAAACUGGAGAUAUCCAGUGACAGGAGGCAGGUGUUCUGGAGGAGGCAGCCUGUGGGUGAAGCUCUGAGCUCUGGGCCGUAUGACUCCCAGUACAGCGUCCUCGCUCAGGAGAGCUUCACCACAGGCCGGCAUUACUGGGAGGUCAUCGUCCAGGAGAAACCGUACUGGCUGAUCGGUGUGACCUCGGGACCCGAGGAUAAGAAAGAUAACUCAAAUCAGAGCAGCUCCAGCUUGAAUUUGAAUAACACAUCCUGGUGCAUCUACCAUGGAGACGGACAGUACCUGGCGUGUCACGACACCCAGGAGAAGCAGCUGUCAGUGGGGAGGAGAGUCAGGAAGCUGGGCAUCCUCGCAAACCUCCAGAAGGGGGAGCUGUCGUUCUAUGAUGCUGAUUCUAUGAGCCUGCUUCACUCCUUCUGUGUGCAGUGUUCAGAUCCUCUGUUCCCCAUGUUUAACCCCUGCAUCGAUGGGAAAGGACUGAACAGGCAGCCGCUCACCUUAUUUUGCAUUAAAGACCCCUGAGAGACACACAUGUGGACGCACACGACAACAAAAGCUUUGGUAUACAGUAUAUUCUACUUUUUGCAUGCAUUAUGACCCUCUGACUGA